ACAGGUCUGGAAGCCAACAUGUCGAAUUUUGUGAUAUAUUUCCUCGUUCAAUUUCAGAUUGUUUUAAUUGGAUCCAAAAUAGGUUGUGCUGCCAAUCCACAUUUGACGAUUGUUAAUAUUGGGUCACCUUUUAACAAUGGUGGCAGGCUCCAGUGCUAUCCAACAGAUAGUAGCACAACAAUAACCAUGGGAAAGGUAUUCAAAAUAUCGGAUAGUGACUCACUGGCUGAAGCAACUCCACAGGAUCAAGGAGCAUAUCCUGGUGCUAAGAGUCUAUCCAUACCCUAUGAUGGAAACUUCUUUGGAGUUUAUUACUGUAAAGGCGUGCGUAAUGGCGAAACAACCAUUGUGGAAACUACAGUUGUGGAUCUACAAAACGCAUUUGUUUCUGAUGUUAUACCAACAAACAAGAAAACAAGUAUCACAGCUUCUGUUGGGGAUUCUGUUACUGUGUCUUUUAAUGUGACGGGAUCUGAUAAUCGCAUUUGGAGGAAGGAUGGUGCACUGCUAGAUAACUACGAGAACCUUUAUGAUGAUUCAAGCUUAACUUUCAAUAGUGUGAGCAUUGAAGAUGGUGGAAUGUAUGAACUUUACUUACAGGGACAAAGGGAUGGCUACAAACAUUCAUUUAUUGAACUUCUUGUGAGAGGCUGUCCUGCUGGCCGAUGGGGUGCACCUCGAUGUACAGGUAUUUGUAAUAAUUGUUAUAAUGGUGGCGUAUGUGAUGAUGAGACAGGGAAAUGUGUUUGUCCACCAGGGUUUCAAGGAGAAAACUGUAUGGAAACUUGUGGUGGUAAUAGAUUUGGAAUUAACUGUCAAAUUAGAUGUACAAGAAGAACUGAUAACAAAGAUGAAUGUAAAGGCCAUCAAUUUUGCUUACCUAAUCCGUAUGGAUGUGACUGUGUAACAGGUUAUACUGGUCUUGAUUGUUUAACAGAAUGUGACUCUGGCAAAUUUGGUGCAGGUUGCAGUCAGGAAUGCCACUGUUUGCCAGGAGGAUGUAACCGUUAUACUGGAGAGUGUACCGGUGUUUGUGCAUCUGGAUGGACUGGAAGCAACUGCCAAAUUCCAAGCACUUGCCCUGUUGGCUAUUUUGGAUCAACUUGUACAUCGAUUUGUCAUUGCCAUGAUAAUGUGGAAUGUAUUAGGGAUACUGGCGUGUGUAGUAAUGGAAAGUGUGCAAUAGGAUACAAAGCAAAUGACAAUUUUGUUUGUGAAGCCUGCCAACCUGGGAGCUAUGGUGAAAACUGUGCUUUGACUUGCAAUUGUGAUUCUGCCUCUUGUCACCAUGAAACUGGAUGUAAUGGCGGUUGCCAUAGUAAUUGGUUGUUAAACACCUGCACUACAGGAAUAAUUUCAACUUCUAACACAAAAGUUAAUCCACGUCAGAUAUCCACAUUUCAAUGUGACAUUCAAGGUGAUGUAACUGACACUACCAUUCAGUUCCUUAUUGAUAGUCAACCUGCUGCACAAACUGGACGCACAAAAUCAAGUGGAGUUACAAUAGUUUCAUUUACCGGUGAAGCAAAUCCUGAUGUUGCAUAUGUUUGCCAACUUACUAAGGAUUCUUAUACGGCAAAUGCAGCUCAUUCGCUUACUACCUAUGAAUUACCAAUAUACACUGGAGAACCAACCGCAGAGACGAAAACUGGAUCAUCAGUGGAAUUGAGGUGGAGGGAAUGGAGUACCAGCAGUGGAGAUAGUGGUGAUCCUCCCAUUAUUGGAUAUGUUGUAUAUUACAAACAAAGAUCUCUAUCAUCUGAGUCCUGGAGGCGAGCAUUCCAGGUUAGGGGUCUUACAGCCACAGUGACUGGUUUACAUUGGGAAGAGGAAUAUAAAUUUGCUAUAGCAGCUGUCAAGGAAGGUGCUGGGGGUGAAGGUCCAAUGGGAGGUAAUAGGCUAACUACAUCAACAGUUUGUGGAGAACCAUCAGCACCAGUAGUCAACACAAUUUCAAGUAACAAAUUUCCUAAAAUGAUCAACAUUUCCUGGCAGCAAUUGACGGUUGAGGAGUCCAAGUGUAAAUCUGGUGUAGAUCAUUACAACAUAUCUUAUAGACCUAUUAAUACAGACGUGCCCAUGGUCACACAUGAAACAACAGAAGAUUCUUAUACAAUAAUGGGACUUGAAACAUACACAGAAUACAGCAUCUCUGUAACAGCAAGUAACAAAGAUUUCCCUGGGAUGGCAGGAGUGAUACAAGUGUUCUCACCUGAAGAGAAACCUCCGCCCCCAGAUGUCUCAGCAGUACAUGAGGGUACAUACCUCACAGUUUCCGUAAUGCCGUCUGAAUCAAUUGAUUAUAAACUGUACGGGAACAUAAAUGGCUAUGAUGUAAGAUACAGAUUAGCUAAUUGUGACGAAGUGGAGGAGUGGAUUGGUCUAGCAGUUACAAAAGAUCAAGGAAGCAAUGGUUACAAAAUAACAAGCCUAGAAACUGAUGCUGACUAUAAAGUCAGUGCUAGAGUUAUCAACGGGGCUGGUGCUGGAAGCUGGAGCGACUCUACCAAAGCAGUAACAGGUUCAAGUACAGGAACAGGAUCAUCAAUCCCCGGAUUUAUGAUUGCAUUAGUGGUUGUUCUUUUCAUCAUCAUCUUUCUUCUUUCCUUGGCAUUUGGCCUAUACUACAGAUACAAGAACUCAAAUGGGAAAAACACGGAUAAGUGUGAAGUUCAAGUGACAGCAAAUACCCAGGUAGUUGAUAAAGAAAAUGAGCUUGAUAAUUAUACUAAGCUCAUCAGAGAUGAUUUGAUGCAGCAAAAUCAAUACGAGACCAUACAAAAAGGGACUCAAGACACGUAUGAUUAUGCAAUGCCACAGACCAGUAGACUUGAGGUAGCUACAACAGAAGAAAACGUUCGAGUUACCGGAGGUGAAAAUGAGAUCCCAAUGAAACAUAUGGGACAUGAGUCUGACUUGAUUAAUAAUGCUAUUCCUCAAUAUGCAAACAUAAAAUAAUCACUCUUUACCAUAUCCUACGUUUUUAUAAGCAUCUGAAUGUCUACUUUGCAAUGUAUUUUGAAAUGUGUGCUAAUGAACAUAAUAUCUUUAUUAUGCUUUUUUUUUUUUUAUUAAUUUUAUUAUUAUUUAUCAUUCUGUGAAGCCCAGUUGGCCAAAUGCUUCAACUAUUGCCAUAACAGAAUAUUUUAAAGCAUGAUAUUGAAUACAGUUUCGUCUUUAACUGUAAUUUUAGAAAGACAUUUGCAAAUGAAAGUCAAAUUGCUUUUUAAAUUAAGAACAUGAGCCAAUAAUUAUUUUGUUUAUAGUGUUAAAGCAUGUAAGAUACUAGGCCUAUGCCUACUGGUAAGAUACUAGGCCUUUGCCUACUGGUAAGAUACUAGGCCUAUGCCUACUGGUAAGAUACUAGGCUUAUGCCUACUGGUAAGAUACUAGGCCUAUGCCUACUGGUAAGAUAUUAGGCCUAUGCCUACUGGUAAGAUACUAGGCCUAUGCUUACUGGUAAGAUACUAGGCCUAUGCCUAACUGGUAAGAUACUAGGCCUAUGCCUACUGGUAAGAUACUAGGCCUAUGCCUACUGGUAAGAUACUAGGCCUAUGCCUAACUGGUAAGAUACCAGACCUAUGCCUACUAGUAAGAUACCAGGCCUAUGCCUACUGGUAAGAUACUAGGCCUAUGCCUAACUGGUAAGAUACUAGGCCUAUGCCUACUGGUAAGAUACUAGGCCUAUGCCUACUGGUAAGAUACUAGGCCUAUGCCUAACUGGUAAGAUACUAGGCGUAUGCAUACUGGUAAGAUACGUCUAGGCCUAUGCCUCAUGGUAAGAUAUUAAGCCUAUGCCUACUGGUAAGAUACUAGGCCUAUGCCUACUGGUAAGAUACUAGGCCUAUGCCUACUGGUAAGAUACUAGGCGUAUGCAUACUGGUAAAGAAUAUUGUAAAAAAUAGAUUAUAAAAUACAUGAUAAAAUGUUGUGAUGGAUGUAGUCUGAGACAUUCCUUAUUCGUCACAUAUUGACUUAUUUUAGCAAUUAACAUGAUCAUUUUAUAAUAUACAUGUAGUUUAUUCCAUUAUAUUUAGUGAACAUACGCCCGUUUGCAUCAGCUGCACUCACUUAAAGUGGUACGUUCUACUUAACUUAACAUACUGAAUACUUUGCUGUGAGGUACUGGGGUGGGUCCAGAUAUUUUCAGGAGGGGGUGCAGAAAGAGGGAACCGUCUUCUUUCUUGUCACCCUCCUAUCUUUCGAGAGACUUAAAGCCAACAAUGAUAUUAGCCUUAAAAUUGUUCUCAUAAAUUACCCCCACCAUAAAGAAAAAAGCUGCUUACUAUUUACAUUUUUUUGCUAGCUAAAAUUCAAAAGCAGUUUAACAUGUUAAAGGUGGGGGACGACCAUCGCCGCCUAUGGAUCCACCCAGGUGUAUCACCUAGUUAGGGGUCUGGGAUCACGCUAGAGUGGAGUCGGAUAGUGACCCCUUGAAGAUUUUGCAUUUUUGUUAAGCCACUUUUAUGUUUUCAUUUUUGCAAAUGAAAUUUAAAUUACCUUUUAAAUAAAUAAAAACAUGAGCCAAUAAUAAUUUUGUUUAUAAUGUUAAAGCAGGUUAGAUAGGCAUACUGGUAAAGAAUAUUGUAAAAAAUGGAUUGUACAAUACAUGCUGAAAUUUGAUAGAUGUAGACAUAACUUAUUCGUGUCGUAUUGACUUAUAUUUCGUGAUUAACAUGGUCAGGAGUUUAUAAUAUUUUUAUUCCAUCAUUUAGUGAACAUAUACGUGUUUGUAUCAGUCGCGAAUACUGAAGUGGUACGUACCACUUACCUAUAAUUUGCUCCUCCUUUCGCUGUACUGUACUAACGUAAUUUGAAUAAUAAAUUCUCACAUGUGUUGCUUUUGUAGAGUGACAUCCUCGUCCAAUAUUUUGUACAUUCGUAAAAUUGGUAAUUCGUAAAAUAUGAUAUUUUAAUAGA